AUGAAUCAAAAGUGCAAAGUGUGCGGAGAGCCGGCGGCCGGCUUUCACUUCGGUGCAUUUACGUGUGAGGGAUGCAAGUCAUUCUUCGGCCGCUCGUACAACAAUCUGAACUCCAUCACCGAAUGCAAAAACAACGGUGACUGCGUUAUCAACAAGAAGAAUAGAACAGCAUGCAAAGCCUGUCGACUGCGCAAAUGCCUCAUGGUUGGCAUGUCAAAGUCCGGAUCAAGAUACGGUAGAAGAUCAAAUUGGUUCAAAAUACACUGCCUUUUACAAGAGCAGCAACAGGCUGCCCAAUCGCAAUCACCUCCUAGGGUGCCAUCAUCGCCCCAUCUAGCGCCACCUUUUCCACCCCAUUUAUUCCCUGGACUCGCAAGACCGAGAACUAAAGAAGAGAUGGUUCUAUUAGGCCUUGAUGAUUAUAAGGUCCCCUGCUCCGGAUCACCAGAUUCACACCGAAGUGGUUCAUCCCCUAAAUUAGAUGAAAAGACACGGAUAACGCAAUCGCGCCCUCCUGAUAGACCGUUAACACCACCUAGAGACGCCUUCCUUCCCCUACCUUUAGCCAAUAUAUCCUUGCCUCACUUCCCCCAUUCGCCUUUUUUACCACCGCAUCAUUUUAAUCCAUUUCCGCCUAAUCAUCCCCUACUUUUCCCACCCGGAUUCCAUCCUAUUUACUCAAGACAUUUAUUGGAUCAUGCAGCCCUAAGACAAGCGGCCGAAAACAACAACGAUGUGAGGAUCGAUGACAACAACACUGAGUCAUCGAAGCGUUUCUUUUUAGACGAAAUUCUUAAGCAACAACGGUCUGCUCAACCUACACCACAAAAAGAAAUAAUUGCUGAGGCAGAAUUUGUACCAACACCGCCUGCUGAGAGAAGAACAUCGGAAUCCCCAUUCCAAGAAAACCCAAUGGAUCUUUCUGUAAAAUCAGAUGGGCGUUCGAGUUCGGCUCGACGGCGGUCCGACGAUAGUGAAGUUAUUGCUCCUGACCAUGACGAUCUAUUAUCUGGCAGCGAGCAAGCGUCCGCCAGCGAAGAGGAAGACAUAUCGUUUUCACAGAUAAAGCGAAUCAAACUCCAUCCUUUAGACCUGACAACCAAAGUG